UCUCUCUCUCUCUGUUUCCAUGUCUAAAUUUCAUGAAAAGCCAAGAGAAAAGCGUAAAUAAAUUGAUCGUCUAAUUUUCUUUGAUAAUUAAAUCCCACAAGAAAGAUGAAGAAAAUAGGAUAAUAUAUACAGGGUCAAAAGACCUUUUGUACCAGACGUGUCUCUCACUUCGUCCCUGUGCAUUCUCGAGAGGUGGUAUUUUCAGGUCCAUGGGGUCUUCUUGGAAUCCCAAAAUGAUCGAUCAGAUUGAUCACUUGCGUUGAUGACGAAUCCAAAAAGGGAAGCUUUUUGUUGGCAAGUUUACCACAGAUGUAGUCCAUGACUAUCUUUUGGGCAAAAAAGAAGGCCUUGUGAUCUUCUUCAAAACCCCUUAGGGUUUAAAGGCAGAAAAUGAGUUACUUUUCACAAUGAAAAUUGGGUUUCCUUUCUGUGCUUUUGGAAAUUAAGGUGAUCUUGUUACUGGGUAGGGGUUAAGUCGUCUUCCUUUAUGUCCCUUUAAAUUGGUGCAAUUAGAAGCUAAAAACUCUUUGGCUUGGAUUUAUAUUUUUUUCUCAGCCAUUGGCUAAACAUUUUUUUGUAGUCUAGCAGCUCUUGCUCUCUCGUUUAACUUUCUGAAUUCAGAACAGUUUUUCCUGAAUUUCACCAAUGUCGGAGAAAAACAUGUUUUCCUCGAGGCUUUUUUUCUACCUAGUAACCAUUUCUAUGUUCCUCUUGAUCCUUUCAUCUGUGUUCCUUCUUGAAUUUAGCAAUAAUUCUAUCAUACCUAGAUCAGUAUUUGAGCGUAUUCUUGUUAAUAGCACAUCAGUUUACUUCAAACCCAAUGUCAGAAGUGAACAAAUUACUAGUCCUUUCACCCCUUCUGGGGAUACACAAAUAAAUGUCGAAAGGCCUGUGAGAAGUGGAAAAUUGGCAUGUCAAGUAAACAAUUCGAGUAGGAAAAUGCCUUCUCCAGGAAAGCACAGAAAGAUGGACUGUGACCCUUCUCAGGCUCACUUGAGGGUGUUUAUGUAUGACUUGCCUCCUGAAUUUCACUUUGGAUUAUUGGGUUGGAAGGGAAGGGUGAAUCAAACAUGGCCAAAUGUCAGUAAUCCAAAUCGAAUCCCAUCAUACCCAGGUGGGCUGAAUUUACAACACAGUAUAGAGUACUGGCUCACCCUUGAUCUUCUGUCGUCCAACACCCCAAAUGUUCUUAGACCUUGCAGUGCCAUAAGAGUGAAGAAUUCAAGUCAAGCCGAUGUCAUUUUUGUGCCAUUCUUCUCAUCUCUGAGUUACAACAAACAUUCUAAGCUUCAUGGGAAGGAGAAAGUUAGUGUUAAUCAGAUGUUGCAGAGAAAAUUGGUUCAGUUUUUGAGGGGUCGGGAGGAAUGGAAGCGAUUGGGUGGGAAGGAUCAUUUAAUUAUUGCCCACCAUCCAAAUAGCAUGUUAGAUGCAAGAAGCAAGUUGGGGUCAGCCAGGUUUGUACUCGCAGAUUUUGGAAGAUACCCAGUUGAAAUUGCAAAUCUUGGGAAAGAUAUAAUUGCUCCUUACCGGCAUUUAGUGAGGACCAUUUCCAAUGGUGAAUCUGCACCAUUUGACAAACGUCCUAUAUUGGCGUACUUCCAAGGUGCAAUAUAUAGGAAAGAUGGAGGAUUCAUUCGCCAAGAACUGUAUUACCUUCUCAAAGAUGAGAAAGACAUACACUUCACAUUUGGCAGCAUACAAGGGAAGGGAAUUAGCAGCGCAGGCCAAGGGAUGGCAUCAUCCAAGUUCUGCCUCAAUAUUGCCGGAGACACCCCUUCCUCAAAUCGCCUCUUUGAUGCCAUUGCGAGUCAUUGUGUUCCUGUGAUUAUUAGCGAUCAGAUUGAGCUACCAUUUGAGGAUGUCUUGGAUUACUCACAGUUUUGCUUAUUUGUCCGUGCAUCCGACGCGGUAAAGAAGGGUUACCUACUGAAUCUUCUUCGAGGAAUCAAGCAAGACAGCUGGACCAGAAUGUGGGAAAAAUUGAAGGAGAUUGCUCAUCAUUUUGACUAUCACUAUCCUUCCCAGCCUGAUGAUGCUGUGGAUAUGAUUUGGGAAGCAGUUUCACGUAAGAUAUCUUCAUUACGAAUUAUACUCCAUAGGGGGAACAGAUAUAAAAGAUCUCAGUCUCUCGUACAUAAUAAUUGAAAUGACAAACGCCUACUUGAAAGAGCCAUUGAAGGGACAAGCAUAAUCAUUUUAAAGAUCUGUUAGGGCAUUUCUUCACCUAUGUUUAUCCACACUUCUUGUAAUGUUCAUUGAUUCAGUUUUUUUAUUAUAAUAACAAUUGCAUUUGCUGUGCU